AUGUUCAGCUGGAUGGGGCGACAGGCGGGCGGGCGGGAGCGGGCCGGCGGGGCGGACGCGGUGCAGACGGUGACGGGCGGCCUGCGCUCGCUCUACCUGCGCAAGGUGCUGCCGCUGGAGGAGGCGUACCGCUUCCACGAGUUCCACUCGCCCGCGCUGGAGGACGCCGACUUCGACAACAAGCCAAUGGUGCUGCUGGUGGGCCAGUACAGCACUGGCAAGACCACCUUCAUCCGGUACUUACUGGAGCAGGAUUUUCCAGGUAUGAGGAUUGGUCCAGAGCCCACAACAGAUUCUUUUAUUGCUGUAAUGUAUGGAGAAACUGAAGGCAGCACCCCUGGAAAUGCUUUAGUUGUGGAUCCCAAAAAGCCAUUCCGAAAACUUAGUCGCUUUGGAAAUGCCUUCCUGAACCGGUUCAUGUGUUCCCAGCUACCUAACCAAGUUCUGAAGAGUAUAAGUAUCAUUGACAGCCCUGGAAUUCUUUCUGGAGAAAAACAACGUAUUAGCAGAGGUUAUGACUUCUGCCAAGUCCUCCAGUGGUUUGCAGAGCGGGUUGACAGAAUCAUCCUUCUCUUUGAUGCUCACAAACUUGAUAUCUCUGAUGAAUUCUCAGAAGCCAUCAAAGCCUUCCGAGGCCAGGAUGAUAAGAUCCGUGUUGUGCUGAACAAGGCUGACCAAGUAGACACUCAGCAGCUUAUGAGAGUCUAUGGUGCGCUCAUGUGGUCUCUGGGGAAGGUGAUCAACACUCCGGAAGUGCUCCGAGUCUAUAUUGGCUCCUUCUGGGCCCAGCCCCUUCAGAAUACUGACAACCGAAGACUCUUUGAGGUGGAAGCACAGGAUCUCUUCAGAGAUAUCCAAAGCCUUCCUCAAAAGGCAGCUGUGCGCAAACUCAAUGACCUCAUCAAGAGAGCAAGGCUGGCCAAGGUACAUGCUUACAUCAUCAGCCACCUGAAGAAGGAGAUGCCGGCAGUAUUCGGGAAGGAGAAUAAGAAGAGAGAGCUUAUCAAUAGGUUACCAGAAAUCUAUCUCCAACUACAGCGAGAAUACCAGAUUUCAGCAGGCGAUUUCCCUGACGUCAAAUUGAUGCAGGAGCAGUUGGAAAACUAUGACUUCACCAAGUUUCACUCCCUGAAGCCCAAACUGAUUGAAGCUGUGGACAACAUGCUGACGAACAAGAUCUCCUCCUUGAUGAACCUCAUCAGCCAAGAAGAACUCAACAUGCCCACUCAGAUGGUGCAUGGUGGGGCCUUCGAUGGGACCACCGAGGGGCCCUUCAACCAGGGCUAUGGAGAAGGGGCCAAGGAAGGAGCCGACGAGGAGGAGUGGGUCGUAGCCAAGGACAAACCAGCCUACGAUGAGCUUUUCUAUACGCUGUCACCCGUCAAUGGCAAGAUAUCAGGUGUCAAUGCCAAGAAGGAAAUGGUGACCUCCAAGCUGCCCAACAGCGUCUUGGGCAAGAUCUGGAAACUCGCGGACUGCGACAAUGAUGGCAUGUUGGAUGAGGAAGAAUUUGCAUUGGCCAAACAUCUCAUCAAAAUUAAACUAGAUGGUUAUGAAUUGCCCAGCAGCUUGCCCCCUCACCUCAUACCCCCAUCCCACCGGAAAUCUCUGUCUAAUAUAGAUUAAGAGACAAGAAGCAAAAUGAGGCCAUGGGAUAUGGUAGAAAGAUCUCUGGACUGGGAAUCUAGAGAUCUGGGAUCUAGACCUCAAUUUGCCAUUCUCUCACUGUGUGACUUUGACUUCAUUUUUCUGGGUCUCAGUUUCCUCAUCUUUAAAAUAAGGAGGAUGAACUAGAUACCUUUUUCAAUUUCUUUUCCCAUCUCUAGAAUUCAACGGUUCUUUUCUAGGUCAGGGGCAGAAAAAAGGGUUAUGGGAGAAAGAAUGAGAAGAGAGUAAAAUUGUCCAAUAGGUUAUUCAGAAUCCUCAAGGAAUCAUGAAAUGAAAUUGGGUUUUGUGGUAACUUCAACCAUAUAUCACUUUCUACUUGAACCACCAAAAAUACCAUCUGCAGCAAGCCUUCUGCACAGGCCCAGGUCUGUUUAGCAUCAGUCAACGACUUCUGUAGCUGCUUUUACCUUUCAUGGUCAUAGGAGGAGAAAGAGGGAUGGUCUUAUUUAUUUGGCUUCUGCCGUCUUUAAAAAGAGAGCAGGGAUUGUCUCCACAAUUGCCAAACUGCCUACUAACUAGAAGAAAAUUACUUCUUGAACCCUCAAAACUUAGAUUUGAAAAUGAGAAGUUUUCUUCAGUCUAUGUAUUCACAUCCCUGCUCUGGGCCUAAAGGGUUGGAGCAUUCACCCUUGCCUAAGUGAAUGAAGUCUGAAACGGCAAACCCCAAGGCUGAUUGAGACCAUUUCUCCCCCUCUACCAAACCUGUAUUCAUCUAGGAAACUAAUGGGAACAUUUCUCUAACCAUAAGCAAGAAUAGUAGCAUAGGAUGGUAGUCAGCAACUAGUUGGCUACUUCCAUAUGAAAUAGUGUCAGUUUAAAGUGUACCUGCCACCAUUUUGUGACACCCUCCAGGUCUCAUGAUUACCGUUUCCUUGUUUGUGUGUCCAGUCAUAUGUAGCAGAUUCUGUCUUCCUUAGAUGACCCUCAGUGGAAGAGGUUUUUCUCUGAAAUGUCGUAAUGACAUUAUAUAGUGUUAUAAUGACUUAGAAGACCGAAGUUCCCACAUCAUCAGCUGGUGUCAAAAGCCAAUUACUGUUUUCUAAGUCAGGGGGUUUUAUUAAUAACAGCAAAAAAAGGGGGUCAGCUGGUGGUGGUGGAAUAAAAGCCUUGUUCCAAAGAUGGUUCACUAACCACUUUCUUUAAAAAUUCAGGCAUGAUAUGUAACAAUGCCUUAAUUCCGAUGGGAUUUGCAUUUUUAUGUUUGCAUUUAACCAAAAAUUGACUAUAUUCCCCCCUCUAAUGUUCCUUGUAGCCCUGUUUUCUCUGGACCUUUUGUUCACUCUUGUGUCUGGAGGAGGGUAGUAGUUAGAUCUCUGCCUAGGCACCAGCAUGGGGAAAUCACCAGUGUGAUCUUUUUAAAAUUAGAUGAAAACAGCAAAGACUUCAGUCUAUUUAGCCGAAGCCCCAACAGUCAUAGGAAGUAAAUGAAUGAAAUCCUAACAGUCCCCCACGGCUUUUCCAGAAAAAAACCAACUGGUCGCCUGUUUGUCCCUUUCUCUGUCUUCUGAAGUACCAAAGCAAGAAAUAUUAAAUUCAGAGGAAUCACUAUUUGUUUGGAAAAGUUUCUGGUUUGGAUUUUUUUUAUCUCAAUCUCCAUACUCCCUAGCUUAACUUUCUAAAUUAUGUUUAUAUUAAAUGAAAUUAAAUGUCUAACAAUGCAAAUUGUUUCCACUAAUGAACUUCUUUUUUUAACUAAUUAACUUCUAAAACAUAAUUUAGGGCAGCAUUUAUAAGCCCAGUACUAAAACCAAAGCAAAUUUUCCCCCCAUUUCUGAGUGAGCGUUGGCUCAGUUCUUGGACCACAAUAGUGUUGUACUUAAGAACAAAAUGAGGCUGGGUGGGAGGGGCAUUAAAUUGAUCAAAAGCUUACUCUGAAGUUUGCUGGAUUCUCUAUUUAGAUUUAUUUUUAUUCUCUUAACUAUUCAACUGAUUGUCAUAUAUAUAAAAAACGGUGUUUUUUCAUAUAUUCAUGAACAUAUGUAGACAUACAUAUAUAAACUUUAUACACAGAGAUUGUGUGUGUGUAUAUGUAUGUGUGUAAAAACAGCAUAGUAAAGCGAAUUUCACACUGGAUUUGGGAUCAGAGGAAAUAAGGUUUGAAUCCUAGAACUUCUGAAAAGACCCUUAUAACUUUUGACGUUGGACACAUCAUUUCUUGUUUCUUCACCUGUAAAAUGCAGAAGUUGAACUAAAUGAUUUCCAAGGCCUUUUCCAAAAGACUCAACUUUUUUGUAUUUUGUACAAAAAGAAUCAUUAAGUUUUCUGGACCGUUGAUAGUUGAGUGAUAGCCCAGUGUGAGAUAUAAGUGAAUGAAAAGCAUUUAUUAGGCACUUACAAGGGCAGCUAGGUGGCACAGUGGAUAGAGUGCCAGGCCUGGAGUCAGGAAGACUCAUCUUCUU